AUGAACAACACGACUUGGCCCAUUCCAACUAAUAUCUCCAUCUUUAGCACCUUGAGCACUGGAGCAAGUACAAAAGAGUCGAACAGUAUUUUUGUGGCAAGUCAUGUGAUGAUCGUUGUACUCGCGCCAGUAGCAGUGGCGGGAAAUGUAGUGGUUUUGACGGCGAUUUGGAAAAGGUCCUUUCAGAGAACAUCUUUUCACAUUCUUUUGAGUGUUUUGGCGUUUACGGACUUGUUGACUGGUGUUGCCAGCCCUCUUAUGUCCAUUCCCUAUUUGCUGAACCAUAAGUUUGGAGUUGUCUCCAGGCCUGGCAUUCUCAUUAGUACAUAUCUGUUGUGUCUUACGAUACUUGUUAUAACACUUUUGUCCGUUGAACGAUGGCUGCACAUGACUCACCGAUCCUUACUCACAUCACGCCGUGGAUAUCUUACGGCUGUCAUAUCCCUGCUGGUGCCAGUUCCCUUAGUUACUUUGCAGGCAUUGAACCUCAUCACAAAGAAAAUGAAACUAGAAACAAAUGCUGCAAUGGGCGCUUAUGGCCUAUCGUGUUACUUGGCCACCUCUGUUGCAUAUUUCAAAGUGUUCCGUAUUAUUCGACAGCGCCAGCAACAAAUUCAUACCAAUCAGUCUCGUCAAAAUUUUGGUCAACCGGCGAUCGACUUGGCAAAGUAUAAGAAAUCGAUCUUUUCAGUCUUGUAUAUUCUCGCUUUGUUUUCUUUGUGCAUUUUACCUUUCAUUGUUUCGCUUUUUCUCCUUGUUCUUUUGGGUAAGAAAGAAGGAAAUUGGGGGCCAAAGCACGUAUCUUUGGUGAUCUUGCUUUCAGCAUCCUGUCUCAAUCCUGGCCUUUAUAUUUGGAGAAUGAAAGAUGUUCGUGAUGGAGUCAAAAAGUUGUGUUGUUGCACAAACGGAUCCCACUAG